AUGGAUUAUCCGUCAGAAUCACACACUGUCUAUGGCAGACCCAAUGGCUUUCCCCCCUUAUCUCCGCGUGGUUCACGGCCUACACCAGCCAAUCGCUCAGGACGUGCGAUCAAACAGAGAGUAGAUUACGGAGAAUCUUCAGAAGAAGAGGAAUCAGAUCAACUGUCAGAAGAAGAGGAAUUGGAAGAGGAUUUUUUAUCAGAAGAGCGAGAAGACUCGGAGGAGAGCGAAUUCGAGGAUAACGAAAGAAGUCGAUCGAAGCAGAAGCCCAAGCCGACCAAAAAAAGUCAUGCACAGCAGCAAAAUAAACACUGGGCAUCUGUGGAUCAAGAGAUCCCCGUCUUUAUUCCCAUGGGAACAAAGGUGUUUGAACGAAUUCUCGACUAUAGAGUAAAUGCCGAAACGGGGGAGGGAGAACUCUUGGUGAAGUAUAAGAACAUGAGUUUCCAUUCGGCAGAAUGGGUUCCAUCUUCUGUAAUCGAAAAUGAACAUUUAGGAAAGCACCGUGUAAAAAAGUUUAUGCAAAAGUGGUACCUUGAUGGACAGAAAGGAGAAGACUUUCGUGAAUACUUGAAGGUGGACCGUGUCAUUGAUGAGGGAGAGCUUGCUGAUGCAGCUACUGGCCAAGUAGCAGUAUACUAUCUAGUAAAGUGGAACGGACAACCCUAUGACAUGUGUACUUGGGAAAGCGAAAGAGAUAUUAGAAGAAUUGAUAUGUCCAAAAUUGAAGAAUUCCAGGCCAGACGUAUUAUUCCCUCUCAAAAACUACUCUCCAAAGUAAGUAUAUUUACAAGAAGUGCCCUUCAGUUUGCUAACAUAAAGUGUGUCCACAGAUAUCGAUACAAUAACGAAUUACGUACCUAUCAGUUGGAAGGUUUAAACUGGCUGAGAUUUUGCUACAAUAGUCAUCGUUCCUGUAUUCUAGCUGAUGAGAUGGGCUUAGGAAAAACCGUGCAGUCUGUUGCAUUUUUAAAUGACAUGUAUCACACACUGGGUAUCAGAGGCCCAUUUUUGGUUGUGGCACCCCUUUCAACUAUUCCUCACUGGGAACGCGCAUUUAAGGCCUGGACAGAUCUUAACGUAGUAGAUUACCGUGGGAGUGUUUUGUCGCGUAACUUGCUGGUCGAAACUGAGUUUUAUUACAAAGACAUUCAAGGCCGCACAAUUCCUAACAGAUACAAAUUCGAUGUUCUUAUCACUACAUAUGAAAUGGCUAUGGCUGGUGUAUCACAGCUGCGCCAAGUACCAUGGAAAUGUGCUGUAUUCGACGAGGCUCACAGACUGAAAAACAAGCAAUCCAAAGUAUUGGAAAUACUGAAGACAUUCGAUAUUGAGCACAAGAUAUUGCUUACAGGAACACCACUCCAAAACAAUCUUGAUGAACUUUACAGUUUGCUCCAUUUUAUGCAACCUGAAGUCUUUAGCGAUGAGAAACAUUUCUUUACAGAAUACGGAUCAUUGCAAUCUGCUGCAGAAGUUGAGAAACUACAGGCCCUAUUGAAGCCAAUUAUGUUGAGACGUUUCAAGGAGGAUGUCGAAAAGAGUAUCCCAGUCAAGGAAGAGACUGUAGUCGAAGUUGAGCUGACAACACCUCAAAAGAAAUGGUACAGAGCUGUGUUAGAGAAAAACUUCAGUUUUCUCAAAAAGGGUGCCAAGACAAAUAGAGAAAUGCCUCAUCUUCGAAAUAUUAUGAUGCAGCUUCGUAAGUGCUGUAUUCACCCGUACCUUCUUGAAGGUGCAGAGGAAGUUAUCGUGUCUGAAUCAAAUGCAAAGGGACCUGUUGAGCAAUUCAACUGCUUGAUACAGUCUUCUGGAAAACUGGCAAGUGCUUAUCGACAAACUUCUUCGAAAAUUAAUUCAAGCUGUCUUGAUAUUUUGGCCGAUUACUUGCGCGGAAGAAGCUACGCAUAUGAGCGUAUUGAUGGAAGUGUUCCCGGUGAUCAGAGACAGGCUGCUAUCGAUAGAUUUUCUACCCUUCCAAUUGAAGACUCUUUUGUAUUUUUGCUGUGCACUAGAGCAGGUGGCGUGGGAAUCAACUUGACAGCUGCAGAUACAUGUAUUAUCUUUGACAGUGAUUGGAAUCCUCAAAACGAUCUUCAGGCACAAGCUAGAUGUCAUCGUAUUGGACAAACAAAACCAGUACAGAUUUAUCGCCUUAUUUGCGCAAAUACCUACGAGCGGGAUAUGUUUGAUAGGGCUGGUAUGAAACUUGGCUUGGAUAAAGCUGUUAUGUCCAGAUCUGGUGUUGCAGGUGACCAAGAAGAUGGUGGUCAGGGAAAAAGUGAGAUCAGUAAAAAAGAGAUCGAAGAUUUACUCAAAAAAGGAGCAUAUGGAGCCAUGCUUGAUGACGAAGCCAGCGCCAAGUUUUGUGAAGAAGAUAUCGACCAGAUUCUUGAACGCCGCACCACUAUUAUACGCCACGAAGGAAACGAAAAGGGAUCUGUAUUCUCAAAGGCAACCUUUUCUACCACCGAGGAUUCUGGAACAGUUGAACUUGAUGACCCUGAUUUCUGGGAAAAAUGGGCUGCCAAGGCCAAUAUCGAUACCACUGAAAUGCCGGACGACAAUGAGUUGAUUGUUUACGAGCCUAGACGUAGACGCCAAGUUCAGCGUUUUGGUAGUAGACUUGCAGACGGUAUUUAUUCAUCGAAUGACAACGCAGAAGACUCCGACGCAUAUGACGAUGAAGUAGAAAAAAGUAAAAAGAAAGACCAACCUCGCCUCUGGAGUCUUUCUGAAAAAACAAAAUACGAGCGCAAGUUGAUGAUUUACGGUUAUGGUCGAUGGGAUCUUAUGAAAGCACACUUUCCUCGUCGAUCUGAAAAAGAUCUCAAGGCUGUAACCCGCGCAGUAAUGAGACGUGUAUUACCUAUAAUCGAACAUAGCAAUGAAGAAGAGAAGAAGUUGAUAGACGAUAUUGAAUACAUUCUAGAAACAGACGCAGCAGAAGAAGUUCCCGGAGACGAGACUGUUCCUUAUUCAGGUGCAACAAAAAAGCAAAUCACAGAGUUCAGAUCCUUCCUUAUUCAAGCACCUGCUGAUUAUCUUGAUCAUGUUGAGCGUAAAGGACGCAACUUUUUGCUGAGAAUUCAGAUGCUUUACAUGAUCAGAGAUAAGAUUGUGCCCAAAGACUGGGAAGAUGCCAAAGCAUUGACGGUUCCAAAGGUUACAGGUCAUCCACCCUCUGAUUGGUGGGAGCAUGACGAGGAUCGCGAUCUAUUGCUCGGUAUUUGCAAACAUGGCUAUCAACAGUACCUUGCCAUGCGCAAUGACCCUGAGUUCUGCUUUUACGGGCGAAAAUACGAUGAUAGUAAGGCUGGUACACUUGAGGAUGAUGACGCUGCUCCCCUUAUUGUCGAUACAGACAGUACACCAGUAUCUGUAUCUGUAGAUACUGACGAAAGAAUGGACGACACAGAAGACAAUGUUAGAGUCUAUAUGUGGCCUUCAAAAGCUGAUAUUGGUAUGCGUCUGAGAAGAAUUAUUGCUGCAUUUUUGAGAGAACAAGCGAAUGACCUUCGAAAGCUCAAGAUUAUGGAAAAAGAACAAAAGAAAGAACACAACCGCCUUGUGCGUGAGCAAGAAAAAGAAUCUCGAAAGGCUGAGAAGCAGCGCGAAAAACUCAAUGAGACCUCAAACCGCUGGCCGAAGAAGAGUAGAGCCGACUUUUUGAGAACAAUUUUAUCCUUUGGUGUCGAGACAUACCCAGAUGAUCGAUCAACAAUUUGUUGGGACAGAUUCAAGGAAAUUGCGGGAUUAGAGAAGAGAACCGACGAGUCCCUCAACCUUUACUAUCAAAAGUUUAUUCCUGCUUGCGAAGAGAUGAUGAAACGACAUGAGCAAGAGCAAUCAGGCACUGAAAGAUCUACAACUGCCAAUAGUAAUCAAGACCCAUCCACAUCAUCUCCUUCCUCAUCGCUCCAAGCACCCAAUGCAGAACAGGGAAUAGACAUAUCUGCUGCAAGUCGUGAAUCAAGUGCCGAACCUGGAGGAGACUCAAAUGCAGACAAAGACGAACAAAAUGAAGCAGUCGAUCUUGUCCCGUACGAUAAAGCGCGCCGUACAUUAAAACGUAUAGCACAAAUGAAGAGAAUCCGUGAAGAAGUUAUGGUUCACCCAGAUAUUGACUCUCUUUUGGAAAAUGCACGAAAAACAUCUGGUCUUCCGAGCUGGUGGGAGGUACCUUUGCACGACAAAGCACUUUUAGAAGGCAUAUGUAAACACGGCAUAGGUCGUCACGACCUUAUGGUCGAUGACCCUGCUCUUCCCUUUUUCCAAGUCAAACAGCAUGUUUUGGAUGAGGAAAGUAGAAAUCAGCCGGAAAACGACAACUCAACCUCACUCAUGGAGAAGAUUGGCUGGCCAAAGGAUCUUGUGAUUGCUCGUCGAAUUGAAGCUCUUUGUGAACUUAUAACUAAGCCUAAGCCCCCACCAAAGCGCCCCGCAUCCAGUAGAAAGCGCAAGAGAGGUGAUCCAAAGCCUGUCGCUAGAGCAAAUACAUCCUCAAUGGGAAAGAGCACGAGUAUCAAGCUCACCUUACGAGGUCCCCGUGAGAAAGAUGGGUACAACAGUGACGUAAGUAUAUCAUCGUCUCCUAUGGAUAUUGAGGAUGGUACAGACAGCGGUGAAGAUACAGAUACUAUUUUGCGUGAGGCCACAAAACGCAUGCGUAACAAACGUAAAGGCCGGAGUCCAACCAAGCCUUUGAAGUCUCAGGCAGCUAGACACCAUGACGAAUCUUCAGUAGGAUCAUAUCAUCGACAUAAGAAAACAUUCUUGGCUAGACAACCUUCUUCAUCAUCAUCGACACCAGAUACGUGGAGAAACGGUAAUAUGCGACCUCGUAGUCCGUCCUAUUCAUCUUCUAUGUCAUCCGACUCAGAUGAUCAAGGUGGUCCCUUGAGGAAGUCGGUUGGUUCUUCCAAUGACUUGUAA